AUGUCUUCACCGCAGACCUCGCCCGUGCACGAUUCCCACCAGUCUACGGUGCCCGACUCGGCCUCGCAGACUCAGAGACAGCCAGUGCCCUCAUCGCCGCUUUUCAUCGCGCCUUCCAGCGACGAUUCCGCACGGCCCUCCCAGACACAGGGUUCCAGACAAAGGUACGGUUCCUCGCCGAUCCCGUUCACCUCUUCCGACUUGGGCCAUGAUCUCAACUCCCAGCUUGCGCGGCGCAGCCACCAUAGCAGGGGAGACGUCCACUCCUCUGACAUCAUGUCUUCUCCGAUGAGAAGACGGUUCUUCGAUAACUCCAACCCGCAGCCUACUCUGAUGUCUGAUUCGCAGCUUCCCUCCGAGUCCCAGCUUUCUUCCGUCCAACAGCUUUCCGACUCCGGCUCCGUCAACCCGGACGAGCCCGUCAGAGUUAUCUGGGGUACCAACGUGUCGAUCCAGGAGUGCUCGGACAACUUCAGAACGUUUCUGAUGUCGUUCAAAAUGAAGUACCGCAGAAAGCUGGACGAAGCCGAAAGCGACGACCCGGCAGACGACUCGCUGUACUACGUCAAGAUCCUCAACGACAUGAGAGAGUCUGGGACCACCAACCUGAAUCUCGACACCAGAAACCUGCUGGCGUACUCUACCACCAAAAAACUCUACUACCAGCUCAUCAACUAUCCGCAGGAGGUCAUUCCAAUCAUGGACCAGACCAUCAAGGACUGCAUGGUGUCUCUCGUUCUUGACAACGCGUCCAACGCGGACCCGCAGGACCAGCUGGUGGACGAGAUAGAGUCGAAUGUGUACAAAGUGCGUCCGUUCAACAUCCAGAACCAGAAAGGCAUGCGGGAGCUGAACCCGAUCGACAUCGACAAGCUUGUGACCGUGAAAGGGCUUGUGAUCCGGUCGACGCCGAUCAUCCCCGACAUGAAAAUCGCGUUUUUCAAGUGCAACGUGUGCGACCACACCGUGGUGGUGGAAAACGACCGCGGCGUGAUCCAGGAGCCAACCAAGUGUCCGCGACAGGUCUGCUCGUCGCAGAACUCGAUGCAGCUGGUCCACAACCGGUCUUCCUUUGCCGACAAACAGGCCAUCAAGCUCCAGGAGACCCCAGACAAUGUUCCGGACGGACAGACGCCCCACUCGAUUUCUCUGUGUGUCUACGACGAGCUUGUUGACGCCACAAGAGCGGGAGACCGCGUGGAGGUGUGCGGCAUCUUCAAGUCCGUUCCUGUCAAGGUGAACGCGAGACAGCGUGCGGUGAAGUCGCUUUUCAAGACUUAUAUCGACGUCGUGCACAUCAAGAAGGUCGACAAGCACCGUUUGGGCGCCGACGUGUCGACGCUGGAAAACGAGCUCAAGGAGCAGCAGGAGGUCGACGAGGUGCGCAAGCUGUCCGAGGACGAGAUCGCCAAAAUCAAGGAGAUCGCAAAGAGAGACGAUGUCUACGAGUUGCUGGCCAGAUCGCUUGCACCGUCGAUCUUUGAGAUGUCCGACGUCAAGAAGGGAAUUUUGCUGCAGCUGUUUGGCGGCACAAACAAGAAGUUCGCCAAGGGCGGCAAGUACAGAGGCGACAUCAACAUUCUGCUCUGUGGAGACCCGUCCACGUCGAAGUCGCAGAUUCUGCAGUACGUGCACAAGAUUGCUCCGCGAGGAAUCUACACGUCUGGAAAGGGCUCGUCGGCGGUUGGUCUGACGGCGUAUGUGACCAGAGACAUCGAGACGAAGCAGCUUGUUCUGGAGAGCGGAGCGCUCGUUCUCUCUGACGGCGGAGUGUGCUGCAUCGACGAGUUCGACAAGAUGUCCGAGUCGACGCGGUCUGUGUUGCACGAGGUGAUGGAGCAGCAGACCAUUUCGAUAGCCAAGGCCGGAAUCAUCACGACGCUCAACGCCAGAACGUCCAUUCUGGCGUCGGCCAACCCGAUCGAGUCCAGAUACAACCCGAACCUGCCCGUGACGAAGAACAUCGACCUGCCACCGCCGCUUCUGUCGCGUUUCGACCUGGUGUACCUGAUUCUGGACAAGGUGGACGAGAAAAUCGACACCCAGCUGGCCAGACACAUUGCUGGCAUGUUUCUGGAGGACAACAUCCAGACGGCCACCAGCAACGAGAUUCUGCCGAUCGAGCUGCUGAGCUCCUACAUCCAGUACGCCAAGGAGAACGUGUCGCCUGUUUUGACCGAGGAGGCCAAGAGCCAGCUGGUGAAGUCGUACGUCGAGAUGAGGAAGCUGGGCGAGGACGUGAGAUCUGCCGAAAAGCGGAUCACGGCCACCACGAGGCAGCUGGAGUCGAUGAUCAGGCUGUCUGAGGCGCACGCCAAGAUGCGGCUGUCGCCCGUCGUGGAGCUCGAGGACGUCGACGAGGCCGUCAGACUCACCAAGUCUGCGAUCAAGGACUAUGCUACCGACCCGCUCACCGGCCGCAUCGACAUGGAUCUGGUCAACACGGGACAGACCUCGGCCGAGCGCAAGAUGAAGGAGGACCUUUCCAAGCAGGUGUUCAAUCUGCUGGACGCAAACGGCUCGCUCACGUACGACGUGCUGUUGCACAGGAUCAACGAGCAGUCCUCGGCCAAGGUCGAGAAUCUCGACCUGAGCGAGGUUCUGCGCCGACUGGAGGCAGAAAACAAGGUCACCGUGUUUGGCCAGGGCCACAAGAGAGAAAUCAGAGUGAACAGAGGAGUUGUGUAG